AUGGAUGACCAUGUAUUACCACAAGUAGUUCUUAAAGUGGAGGCAAGAUUAGCUUUAGAUCGGAGUUCAUCCGAAGUCCUAUCAUGUAAUUCAACAAUUUUAUUAGCAUUAAUAAAUAAAGUUUGUUGUUUGAAAGUAAAAAAUUCUUUGUCAUCUGAAUCUUCUAGCUCAAGACAAGAAGAAUUGGACAGCAAUUAUGAAAUCAUUAAUCAUUUCCAAGGUAAUUACAAAGAUCCUAAUAAUAGUAGUACUGAAUACUUGCCAAUUAGUAAGUAG